UGAAACGAUUUGAUAGUGGGCCGUGCUGCCCGUGUUGCCUCGGGCGUCGCUUUUGCGAAUCUUUCUGUUCUCAUCUUCUUAAGCUUCCAAUGUCGGGUGAAGUUCCCCCCUUAAAAAUAAUCCCAGAAAUGGAAGAAUGGAAAGAAGAGAGACACGUGAAAGCUCCUAAUUUGCUGGCGAGGUUGAAGGAAGAGAUUGAAGCAGUCAUGCAUAGAGAGAAGAAGCACCAUAAGGAAACUCAUGGUAUGGGUGAUGACAUUUGUGAGAAUACACCAAUAGAUAAUGUUAAAGGACCAAACUUGUUUGAACGCGCAAAGGAAGAGUUUGAGGCAAUUGUAGAUUCUAUUCAUUCGAAGAAGGAUCAUGGGCACGAGCAUGAUGGAGAGAAAGGUACGGGCUGUUAGGGUUCUAUUGGUAGAGAUUUUGCGAAGUUCUGCUCGCCCUCAAAUGAAAGGAGAAAUUGAUUGCAGAGGUUUUGAAUGAAUACUUUAUAUAGUUAUCAUCAAUGGUGAUUUUCCUUAAACGUGCUACUUUGAAAAGCUCUGAAUUUGCGUGUUUCUUGGUGUAUUUAUGCUUUAUUUAUUGCUUGGAAUGAUAAAGAAAACUUUAAUUAAACUAAUGUUUGCUUUGCAGUUAUCUA